UUUCAGUAUAUUUCGGUUGCUGUUGCGUACAGAAGUGUUUUUUGAGCGCUUUGUUGUUCCUGGAAUAUCUUUAUAUUUAAAAAGAAAUAAAAAAUUCUCCCUUGAAGGAAAAUUGAAUUUCUCGAGAAUUUUUCUCUCCAAAUUAUAUUUGGCAAUAAAUUGGAUUAUUGUCCCUUAAAUAAGUGAAAGUUUACUGUGGAAGAGUCGGAAGAGUGCUAUUCGGAAGUUUUAAAUUGUAUUGUGCGUCAUCAAAAGCCAAGAUGGGAUUAAAUGGAUGUUGCGGGGUUAUAAAGUAUCUUGUGGUACUUGUUAAUCUACUCUUUUGGCUCGUUGGAUUGGCCACAGUAAUUUUGGCAAUAUGGAUGCUCACAGAUCCAACCUUCCUGAUCUCCAUGACACAAGAUGAAAAUCAUUAUUACAUAGGAUUGUACAUCUUCCUGGCAAUCGGAGCACUCAUGCUCAUCGUGGCAUUCUUGGGAUGCUGUGGUGCAUUCAAGGAAUCCCAGUGUAUGCUUGUGUCGUUCUUCUGCUGCCUUCUGAUUAUUCUCGUAGCUGAAAUCGCUGCUGGAGUUUGGGCGUUCCAAAACAAACAGGAACUUCACAAUAUGGUGCAAGCUUCUGUGAAGCACACUGUAAAGGAAGAAUAUGGAGUAAUAAAUAGCAGAACUAUUGCCUUCGAUGCUAUCCAGAAACACUUUGAAUGCUGUGGAGCAGUUGGACCAAAAGACUGGGCAUCGAGUCGUCUCAAUACAAAAGGAAAGGAUAGUGGCAGUUUCUUGGAUUUGAAGAUUUCAAACCUCAACCCAAUUUACAAUAUCCCAGAAUCAUGCUGCAAAAAGAACACGGAAAAGAAAGUUUGCGAAGCUUCUCUUCAGGGUGGUAUUACAUCUUACAUCAAUCCAUACGUUAACAGUGAGGGUUGCAUGGACAGGUUAGUGAAGGAGCUGGAGGAGAAUAUGCCAAUUGUGAUUGCAGUCUUUAUCGGUAUUAUUGCCAUCGAAGUUUUGGGGUUAAUUUUCUCAAUUGUAUUGUGUUGCGCGAUAAAACGCAAUGAUCACUACAAAGCCUAAUUUUCCCCAUUAUAAUUCUUCUCAUAACCAUUUUGAAUAUUUUUUUAAGGAGUAUUCAUAAAUCACCGAACUUUUUUUUUUCAUUCUCUUAUAAUACAGAGAUAACAGAAUAAUUACUUUAAAUUAUUGAAUCUCCAUUAUAAAUGACAAAAAUAUUCACAUGACAUAAAUUAAAUGUUACGAAAAUGGAGUAAAACCAUGCUCAUGAUCUUUUUUUGCAAUACAUAAUUAAUUCACUUUUAGGAUUUAUUUUUAAUUUUGAAAACCUCAUAAAAAGUAAUUUUUUUUACAGCAUCAAGCUUCUUUUUUAUGUUUCUCAUUUUCAAGAAAAUAACUUUAGGUAUAUACAACAAUUUAUUUAAGUUACCAAAAAACCUGUAAUUAUUUUUUUUAAUAACUAUUUUACAAAAUAGGUGACCAUUAAAAAUAAAUUUUAAUAUUAAGUUUCGUAAAGUGAAAUAAAAACUAUAAUUUGAAUUAUUUUCCUUUUUUUUAUUAGUUACAAAGAAAUAAAAAAUAAGGAACAAAAUGUAAAAUCGCGCCAUAAAAACGCUGUGGAAUUUAAAGAAAAAAAAACAUAAUAAUCAGAAAAAUAUAACUUUACGUGCCAAAAAAGACACAAGAAUAAAAAAAAAGAAUUCAAAUUUAUAAUUUGAAGGCACAAAUUAUUUAUUUUAUUUUUUUCUUUUACUAUAUUAAUAUAUUCGCUCAAUAAAUUACAUUAAAUAUAGAAAACAAAAUGGAGUUAAGUUAAAUACGAAGAUGGAAGGGAAAAUAAGGUAAAAAAUUUAAAAAAAAAAUGAAACAAAUCUACAUUGCAAGGAGCAUAAAUGUAGUUGAAGAAGAAAUAUAUAAUAAAUAUUGUAAAAAUAUUAUUGAAUUAGAAGAUAUCUAUUGUUAUUUAAAUCUAAAGGAGACAUGUAUCUCACUCACAAGCUUUUUGCCCCAGACAAAAAACAGCAACAAUGAAUACAAAUUGAAGAAAAAAAAUGGAAUUUAUAUUUUUAAACAAAAGAUAAGAGCAAAUACUAAAAAAAAGUGAGUACAUAGUGGGUGGAAAGUACUUUGCAGAGUUGUAGGAAUGAAAACAAAAUCCUCAGAAUGGAAUUAAAAAUAAAAAAGUGAGUCAAAAUUGUUGAGAAGAGAAUUAUAUUUUUAUGCUUUAUGUAAAGAGGAAAAAUAAGUGAAAUUGAAAGAAAAAAAAAUUAAAAAUAAAAUGUUAAAUGUAUUUCUCAUAAGUGUGUGUACCAAUAUUUGUAAUAAGUUAAGGAUAUUGAAAGUUAAAAUAAUGAAUCAGGGCUAUUUUGGGCCAAGUGUCUUGGCGAAUAUUCAUAAUUUCGAUUUCUUUACAGUGGGAAUUAAUAAUGAAACUUUGUCAAACUUUAAAGGAACGCAGCCCUAUUCUUCGAGAAAAAAUUGAAUUACUGAAAACCUCAAAGAAACCUGGCUGAAUUCGGGUUUAUGGAUGUACAACACAAUAGUAAAAAAAAACUAACUUUACCUUUGAAAAAAAAUUGAAAAAGAUUUCAGAAAGAAUAAAUCCUUACAUAAGUCAAGAAAAAAGUUAAUAAAAAAUAUAAUUUAGUCAGAUAUAUAAAAAUUACCCAAUUCCAAAAAAAAACAGAGCCAGGAUUCAUAGAGCUUUCUAGUAGACGACCUGCAUACGUUUUGGUAAAAAUAAUUUAUUUUUCUCUCAAUUUACAGAAUCAAACUCAAUAAUUUUUCAUUUUAUUUUUCUUAAGUAUGUAGGUAUAAACCCAAAAAGGUUAGUAACUACGUGAAUGGAUUUUAAACUGACAAAAAUGAAGACUUUUUUUAUUGUAUAAACAUUUCUACAAUGUAUAUACACAUUUUAAAAAAAUGUCUGAAAUUAUCAUUAAAUAUUUCAUCAAAAUUCGAAGAUUUAAUACUUCAGUUCUUUCUUCAUCAUUUUGGUUUUUAUUUGGGAUGAAAAAUUAUUCCCUUUCACCAUCAGAAUGUUAUUUACUUUCAAAAAACAAAAAUUACUCAUACUUUAGCAUUUUAAGAUAUUUUAAUAAAAAUCUAAAAAUAAAUUUAAAAAAUAAAACAACUCCAAAAAUAAUACAAAUCCAAAAAAAAUGAUUUUUUAGAAAUUUUACAAAAUUUCUUUCUAUUAAUACUUUUGUAUGGAAUUUUUCUUUUUGCUAUAUACCUACUUGUAUAAAAAAAUUUCAUAACGCUAUAUUAUAAUGCUAAAAACUAAAAUCCAAACUAUAUAAAAAGAAUAUUUUUAUAAUAGUUAAACCAAAAAGAAAUUCUUGCAUUUUCGAUGAGUAAUAAGAUAUAUAAAUAUAUAAAGAAAAAGCUAAAAUGUGUUCAUUGUGUCAUUUUUGUGAAUGGAUGUCUCAAGUUCAAAAUCUUUAAGAAAAGGGAAAUAUUAAAUAAAAAUUAAUAAUUUUCCUGCAAAUAAAAAAAAAUAUUUAGCCAUUUCGAAAUGAUCGAUAUUUUCCUCAAAAUCAAUUUUAUUUUGCUUGUCAUCCCUAAAUAGCAUAAAACUGCAAUUUUUUGUUCAUUCAGAAAAGAAAUUUCUUUAAAAGAAAAGAAAUUCUUUUUAACGUACGAAUUACUUAAAUGUCAAAGUUCCCUUAGAAUCAGUAAGACUUUAAAGAAAAUAGAAAAUUUUAGUGUAUAUUCAAUGGUUGUUGGUUAAUAUUUCACAGAGAAAGAGAAAAUUUAAUGAAAAACAAUUUAUUAACCCAUAAAAUGCCUAUUGUACCAUACAUAAAUUCAUUGCGAUUCAAAUGAUGCGUUUACAUUAAUUUAGAUGAAUGAUAUUCAACUAUUUUUGUUAUUUGCAAAACAGCCGAAACGACACGUAAAUUAGAGUAAAAGUUUCAGAGCUUCUACAUCAAUCUUCAAAGCAUUUUCUGGCAAAUUCAAACAUUUUCAUUGCAAAAAGUAAAAUCUUUGGGUAUAUUUGGGCAUUGUAGUUACGUACCUAUGUUAAUGAAUAUUAAAAAAAAAGUGGCAUGUAUUUUAAAACACUCACCCCCCUAAGAUAACUUUAUGUAGUUAAAACAUUGCUUAAUAUUAAAUUAAUGUGAAGCGAAACACAAAAAUACCUACCUAAUGUUUCAAAUUUAAAAUCUAUAUUAUAAAUUCAGAGGAAAAUGUAAUGACAUUAUACAAAAACAAUAAAAUACUCUUCAUGAAAAAAAAAA